CAUAGACGAAUUUAGAAAAUUCGUCAUGUCCUGCCAAUAUAAAUACGACCUACAACACAAACGAAGGAUACCUCAUUGGAUCUGACAGGGUAGAUCUAAAGCCGGGAAAAAAUCAUGGCUGAAUUUCAAACUGAACCGGUCGGGACAAACAUUGCAAUAGAUACGGAGCACUCUUUAGUGAGCAGUGACCAACUGGAUACUUCAGUGUGCCGUAGACACAGCUCGUCAACAGAAGAUCUUUUCAAUUCAAAACAUGAUUCCAUUUUUGAGGCUCAUGGCGAAACAUCUUGCGAAAUAAACGAAGAAAAAUUGGAUGACUGCAAAGAAUUUGACAUUUUUCAAGACGAUGACCAUGAUUUUGAUGACGAAAAUUGGUGGCCUUCUCCUCCUGACCUCGGGGUUGAAAAUAGCUCCACUGCUUGUGAAAUCCUACAAACAGUCUGCAAUGCUGCCCUGGAGAAUUUUGAUGUCAUUUUACAGAGAACUACAAGGGAACGAUCGUCAGAGUUGAAUGAGUUGCAGAAUACAGCAAGACCUGUCACAGGGACAAGUGCACGACAAAAUCUGCUCCAGUUUUUCUCCAGAGACACAAAUUCUUCAUCAGUUUCAAAUCAAAACUCAGACAGUCAGCCCUCAGAAGACAUUCAAAGUUUGAUACAAAGAAGUAUUGUUUCAUCAGCAUUGAGAAGGCAUGAGUUCCGAAGUGCUCUAGAGCAAUCUCUGGCCACUAGGUUAAUGCCGCAGGCUUCUGCUACUAGCAAUUCUAUCACAAGGAUUGUUCAAGAAGCAGCAAGGUCAAUAAGUGGUGCCUCUACCCCAUCAUUGCACACACAAGACUUUGAAACUGCCUCUGUCAUUAGUGAAACCACAACAAAUGACUUCUCUGAUGCUGCCAGUGAAAUUGAACAUCUGCAGAGAGUGCUUGAUGCUGGUGUUCAAGUUCUUAGUGAAACAAUUGAAGAAGACAUUGCACAAAUCCGUCACCUUCAUGUUGUUAGCUCUGUUCUAGGUGGCAGUUUUAGAAAUAACCUGGAAAGAUUGUUUCAGGAGCGUGCUCAAAAUGUUGGUGGUGGUGAAAUUGUGGAGCAGUUCAUCAGGUCAUUACCACGCUCCAAUCGCCAACCUCCAAGAACAGCUAAUCAUAGCAAUAUCAGUCAAAGAAGGACUUCGUCAAGACCAAUGACUGGCACUCAAAGGCAACAACUUACUACUGAAGUUAACUCCUUGAAAACACAAAUGGAUGAGAUGAAAAGGAUGUUGCAGACAACAUUAGAGAUUCAAAUGGAGACACAGCGGUCCAUACGUCAAGAAGUUUCAGCUGUAUUCGCAGCUUUUAUGGAGCAAGUUGGGCAAGCCUCUGGCUCUGUUUCCUCUAAUCAAUUCAGAAUCCCAGAGAGAGAUCUGUCAGGCCCUGUUUCUGCUGGUUCAUGCGUCAUUUGUCUUGAUAAUCAAGUUGACACUGUUUUGUAUCAAUGCGGCCACAUGUGUGUUUGCAACAUGUGUGGCUUACAGCUGAAAAUGGAUGGACAUCGCUGCCCCAUGUGUAGGGCUCCAAUCCGAGAUGUUAUCAAGGCUUACAAAGCACAGUAAAACAACAGACAAUGUCAUUUUUCUAGUAUCAGAAAUUCUCAAGAUUUUGAAUAAUGUAAUUAUUGGUUUGUAAUAACUUAUUAGUAUAUUCUGUGAAAAUAUUCUCUCUCUCAAAUUAACUUUAGUUGUAACCUAUAAUUUUUUCAUUUCUGAUUUUUGGGCAUUUCUUUUUUGUUUACUCAAUACUGUAUAGAUCCGCUAUUGCAAAUGUAUUUGGAUAUUUUGUGUCAAUAAAAGAUUAAUUAACUGUUAAAA